AUGGAGGCGAGUUUGUGUCUACGCGCCUUGCGCAGGCCUAUUAUUCCUGCGCGUUCCAUCUUUAUUCUCGCGCCUUCUUCGCUCCCAUCACGCGCUCGAUUAUUCUCGACUCCAGUAACCCCAACUGAGAUUGCGACGGAAGAUGGCGUCAAUCCGCCGAGAACGACGCUGCCGCCUCCGCUAGACCUUCCGGUUCGAAAGCUCAACGAUGGGAGAUUCAGUCACCUUUUCAAGCUCGGCAAGGCCUACAUUGGCUUUUAUAAGACAGGAUUGAAGAAUGUUUUCUUGAACCGCAAGCUUCUCAAGGGCAAAAUCGAGGCCCUGCCAGUAACCGACCGCCCUUCAGUGUUCAAGCCCAACCACAUCCCCCAAACGUUCUCGCGCGCAGACUGGAUCCUGCUAUGGAGGGUACGACAUGAUAUGGCGCGCAUCCCAGUCUUUGCCCUAGUAGUCCUGAUCUUCGAGGAACUCACACCGUUAGUCGCAUAUGUAUUCGAGGGCAUCAUGCCCUACACUUGCCGGCUACCGCAACACCUCGAGAAGUCAAGGAAGAAGGCAACGGCUCGGCGCCAGUACGCGCUCGAGGAGCUCAAGUGGAAAAAUCCAGACGGGGUAACUCAACUCUCUGUGGCACAGUCCCAUAUCCUGCGCAGUUUGAACCUUGUCAGCUCUCUGUGGGAUCGUGUUGGCCUCAUGCCACCAGGUCUCUGGCAGCUCAAGGGCAGCUCGCAGCUCUCCUUCUUAGAGGGCGAUGAUGUGUUGCUUCGAAAGGCUGGUAAGCUUGACGCGCUAGCAGCCGAUGAACUGCUUCUAGCAUGUACCCAGCGCGGCAUAGACCUUGACCCGUCCCUUGUCGGGGCCGACGAACGGAAACAGGAGCAUGAGAGAAGGCGGCUUUUGAAAGAUGGCUCCGGCUAA